AUGGCCUCCGCAUGGUGCUGGAACUGCCUCUCGCGGCUGCGUCCGACACCACGAGCAAGCCUCCCUCCGCCGGCCCGGAUCUCGAGCGCUCCCUUCCACUCUACUGCAGUUCAAUAUGCCUUGCCCGCUAAGAAGAAGGGUACCAGCUUAACGCCCAUGAGAUACAGACAGGGUCAAACUCUGCGGAAAAAGAAGAAGAAGACAGUCGAUCGCGCACGUCCGCCGGCUGUCGGAGAGCGCAAGGCUUUGCGGAAACGCAUUGUGUUGAGCAAUCCCAAUGCCCUGGAGGUUGAGGGCAUGUUAGACCUCUCACCUGAGACUAUGGUCGAUGCUCGUCUCCGCGGUACUGUUCUCGGCUUGCCUAUCACUAUGAUCGAUCAAUUGAGAGCCGUGCAGGCUUUCAAGCCUAAGCAGGGUUGGUCUAUUUUCCGUCGACCGGGUACCAUCAUGCGUCGUGAUACUCUUGAGAUGGGCCGUCUGUUCGAUGAGAUCUCUGAUGCCGAGAAAGGCAAGGUUGUGAAACGGAUUGUUACUGGGUUGAAGGGAUCUGGCAAGACUGUGCAUUUAUUGCAGGCUAUGGCCAUGGGAUUCUUGAAGAAAUGGGCAGUCAUUACAAUUCCUGAUGCCCGAGAGCUUGUGUCAGGUGAUACCAGCUACGUUCCUAUCGAAGGCUCCAAGCCUGUCCAGUACAUCCAGCCUAACGCGACAUCAGCCUUGUUGAUUCGUACUGUAGAGGCCAACCGUGAGCUUCUUGCCAGCCUCCGCAUCUCCCAGAAACACUCGGGUCUUGCGGGUCUCAAGCCCACCUCCACCUUGGAAGACCUUGCCAAACUCGGAUUCCAGGAUCCUGCCGUUGCCUGGCCCGUGUUCCAAGCUCUUUGGACUGAGUUGACUGCCACCGCUCCUGCCCCGGGUCUGGAGAAGGAUUUCCAGGCUCGUCCUCCGAUCGUGGUAACUGUGGAUGGUCUCGCUCACUGGAUGAAUGAAAGUGCCUAUCUUUCACCCGACCUUACUCCCGUCCACUCCCACGACCUUGUCUUCGUGCAACACUUCAUCAACCUCUUGAAGGACGGCCAGGCUUCUUUGAAAAAUGGCGGUAUCUUGCUGUACGCGACCUCGACCUCGAACAACCCCACCGUCUACAGUCUCGAGGUUGGUCUGGACCAGAUCACCGCCCGCCAAGAAGGUGUUAGCCCUACUUCCCCAGACUACCCAUCAGCUGAGGCUUACAGCAACCCAGACGCCCGCGUUCUGGAGUUGUUCAAGCCUUCAACAAAGACAUCAAACAAGGAGGGCCCUCUCGAGCUUCUGAAACUUGGCGGUCUCACCCGCGACGAAACUCGUGGUUACCUUGAGUACUUCGCCAAAAGUGGCCUGGUUCGCGAGGCUGUCAAUGAAAAGUGGGUUAGCGAGAAAUGGAGUUUGUCAGGCGGCGGCGUCAUCGGCGAGUUGGAGAAACUCGGUCGUCACGUUCGCUCCACCGCCCAGCCUCUGCCAGAGCACCUCUCUUAG